AUGUGUAUUGGUGACUAUAAUGAGAUCUUGAGCUUUGAGGAGAAAAAUGGCAGACUACCUAAGCCACUGCCUCCCAUGGUAGAUUUCCAAAAUGCUUUGCUCUUUUGCGGACUGAUUGAUCUUGGUUACAAUGGUUAUAGGUUUACAUGGUGGAAUGAGCAAGCCAAAAAAGCAUUUAUGGAGGAGAGAUUAGAUAGAGCGUGUGCAUUGGUCGAAUGGUCGGUGUUGCACCCGAGGGUGAAUGUGAUCCAUUUCAUAGCCUCAUACUCCGAUCAUGACUCGAUACUAUUGGACACAACCUCGGUUUCUGCUCCUACUCCUCACCGACGACACAAGCUCCACAAGUUUGAAGAAAAGUGGGUGUCGCACCCGGAGGGCGAGCAAAAAAUCCGAGAUUCAUGGACCCAAUCACUAGCUUUGGGUAGUCCCAUGAACCGCUUGUUUGAGAAAAUCAAACAAUGCUGA